GGUUUCCGACUCGGUCGGUGACGUGAAUGGAAAGAUAAUCAAGCUGCGGACAUAAUCUGAGCAGUAUCGAGUACAGGGCAGGAAAAAGGGCUCACAUCUUCCCCUCGGACUGAUUUUCGAGGAGUGUAGUAGCGGAUACCUCUAGGGUGAGAUUAGUCAGAUUUACAGGACAGUUGGUUACAUGUACAUGGUGUAACGUUACAAUAGCACCGAAGCUCACUGCGUUCCGCCCUAUUCUGCUUCACUUGCUUUCAGUACGUUACUCUCAGAUCCGUCUGUACGACCGGCGAUUCAGAAGAAGAGAACAGCAAACUGGAGCACACACAUCUCGGCUCCGCAAGCAAGAGAAUCUAGCGGAGGCAACAGAGGACGAGUCCUCGGAAAGGAGUACGAUAUCUUGAACCAGAUUCAUUUUUUACUAAUAACUUGGAUAUUCUUUUUGUUUUUAAACAUCCCUGUGUUUAAUUGACAGUAUCUGUCAGUUUUGUAGUUCUUAACGUAUUUGGGGUGCAACAAUUUGUUUUUGUUUCCUGGUUUCUUUUCUUUUUCUAUUCACGAGAAGAGUGAAAUUACUUUCUUUUCCGCAUCCUUAUCCCUUUUGGCUCAGUUAGUCUAGUUAUCUUUACGUUCGUUGUUUAAACACAAAUCCCUGUUAUAGUUAAGAGGAAGAAAUUACUUCAUAAAUUGAAUUUUCCCUAAGGGAAAACUAACUGGAAUUUGUUGAGACCUUGACAGACAUUCUUUUGUGUAUCGAGAGAGUCCGUGUCCUUGAGGUUUGGAGCUUUGUUGAAAUCAUUCCGUGACGCUUCACACAAACUCCUCUAACCCAAACUCGACUCAAGUAGGGGGACAAUACAAGAUUGUUUUUGGGAAAUGGGAUCUGAAAAGGACUCUGAAUCCCCCCACUCCUCUGUUAGCGGCAUUCCCAAUCCGAAAUGCCAUGGGCCGGGCAAGAAGCAAGGAAGGAUCUCUUUUCAUAGUCUCUUCCAUGGCAAACGUGGAUCCAGGGGGAACAAGGCUAAUGUGGGAACUCCUCUUGGGCAACAACUCCAGCAACAGCAGCUUCUCCAGCCCCCCACACCCACCAAUGUUUCAUCAGACCCUUCUACGGCAGACUCGGCUGAACCUUUGUCCACUAGCCAGGCCUCUCUGGGAGGUCAAGAACUCCUAGAGUGUCCCCUGUGCCUAGUGCGGCAACCUGCAGAGCAGCUUCCUGAACUCCAGGGAUGCAGCCACCGGUCGUGCCUGUGCUGUUUACGGCAGUACUUGCGUAUCGAGAUCACGGAGAGCCGAGUGCAGCUCAGCUGUCCGGAGUGUGCCGAACGACUUGCCCCAAGGCAGGUGGCCCUCAUCCUGGAUGAUCCCAACCUGAUGGAGAAGUAUGAAGAGUUCCUGCUGCGCCGCUGCCUGGCUUCAGACCCUGAUUGCCGAUGGUGUCCAGCUCCAGACUGUGGGUUCGCAGUCAUCGCCUCUGGAUGUGCCAGCUGCCCCAGACUGGUGUGUCGAAGAGAAGGGUGUGGUGCUGAGUUCUGUUACCACUGCAAGCAAAUUUGGCAUCCUAACCAGACCUGUGACUCUGCCCGCCAGCAGAGGGCUCUGUCCUUGAGAACGCACAGUAACCACUCACCCAGCUACACGGCCGAGCAGGGACAUAAUGAUGACAUCAAGCCUUGCCCCCGAUGCGGUGCCUACAUCAUCAAGAUGAAUGACGGCAGCUGUAAUCACAUGACCUGUGCUGUGUGCGGCUGUGAGUUCUGCUGGCUCUGUAUGAAGGAGAUUUCAGACCUGCACUACCUCAGUCCAUCAGGUUGUACGUUCUGGGGAAAGAAGCCAUGGAGUCGCAAGAAGAAGAUUCUGUGGCAGCUGGGCACUUUGAUUGGUGCACCGGUGGGCAUCACUCUAAUCGCUGGCAUCGCAGUUCCUGCUAUGGUUAUCGGCAUUCCUGUUUACAUUGGACGCAAGAUCCACUCGCACUACGAGGGCAAGAAAAUGUCCCAUCACAGGAGGAAUCUCGCUAUCACUGGUGGUGUGGCUCUGUCAAUCAUCACGGCUCCAGUCAUCGCUGCAGUCAGCGUGGGCAUUGGCGUCCCCAUCAUGUUGGCGUAUGUGUAUGGUGUUGUUCCUAUCUCUCUGUGCCGCGGUGGGGGCUGCGGGGUGAGCCGGGGGAAAGGACGAGGUGUAAGGAUAGACUUUAAUGAAGAUGAUGGGCCUAUUACAGUUGCUGAUGCAUGGCGAGCGCUGAAGUCUCCCAGCCUGGGCGAGAGUAGUUUGGAGGGAGGAGCCAGCGGCCUCAGCACCACCUCUCCCAGCGAGGGCUUGUCCGUUGCCCCAGGGGGUCUGGGAGACACGCCCCACUUUAACACACUCGCAGGAGGAGCGCUUGGUGCGAGGACAGGAAAAUACAGCAGACUGGAGGUGCAGGCAACAGAGCUGGGAAAGGAAGGUGCUGGAAGGGAGACGGGCAGCUUGGGAGCAGCCAGUGACUGUGCCAGCACUAGGGGCAUGGCAGGAUCAAUCACUUCCUCUUACACCUUACCUGACAGAGAGGGCACUAACCUUGAGAUCCAGGUGGACAUUGAAACCAAACCGAGCCAUCUGUGUUUAACCACUGAAGAGGAUCUGGCUCCACCUACUGCUGCCAUGCCAUCCGGCUCAGGGGAGGAGCCUCAGGACUGCAGCUCCCGCAGGAGCGGGGUUAUCAUGGAUUCCCCUCUGGGCCUGUCGCCUGGGAUGUCACUCAGGGAGGGUCUCCGAGACGUCACCCUCGCUCAGCCGGAAAGCAUCCGCAGCGACCUAGAGAUGUCCGACACACAAUCAGAUGACAUCGCAGAGCUAACCUCUGACGACUGCGAGUCACCCCGUCCCAAGAGCUGCCACGCCCCGCCCCCGCCGCAGACCACCUGCAGAGCCUUGAACCCCACCGACAGCCUGCACUGUCCCGACAAUGUCAUUCUGUACGUGUGAGAGAGACUCUCGCCAUUGCACAAAGCCAACCGUUUCUGAGCUUUUGAUGCUUUACCUAUUCAUUUGCUGCUUUUUGUAAUUAUUAAAACACCUUAAAGGCAUCCAGACAGCUCAUGGAACUGAACUCAUCGCUCUGCUCGCUUGUCCCGUCUGAUUAUUACAGACACGGACAGGUCCUCUACCUCUUCAGAAAUUCAUACUGUUAUUCAUCGGUUGGUGUUUACUUCUCAGUGCGGAAAUGCCUUGAGCAAAAAAGCGCUGAAUCGGUACUAUCACGACCAGAAGAAUUUCCUUAGAAAACAAACAAACAGACAAAUAAUGUGAAAUGUCGCCAAGCACAUGUAAAUGUGAGAGGCUUUCAAGUGCUUUGUAUAUGGAUGACACAUUACAGUAUUGUUUGUAUGUUUGUUUUACUAGUUUUUUAAUAUUGACCUGGAAAUUGUAUGAUUUGCCGCAUGCUAGUAUUGUUUUGGUGGCGCUGGCCUGGUUUGCACAGAAGAAUACACACACACACACACUUCAGAGUGAGAGUAAGGUCAGUGCAAUGGGAGACUGAUCUGAACUUCACUAGCAGACAGUUUCACCCGAGUCACUGACUGGCUGCCUUACAGACAGAGCACAUGCACUCCGAUCCCUUCCACUGUCUGUGACUCACUGACAGCACUGUUUGUGCCCUCUUGAGCUGAGACGUGAGAGAUGGAUGUAUGUGUGGAUGUUUACCAGUGUUCAUUUUAUUGCUUGGUAUUAAAAUCAUACAGUAUCAAGGAUGGAACUGCCAUUCACAUGCAUGUCUGUUGUUAAUAAUUUUAUUUAAUUAUGAUUUUUGGCCUUGUUUUAUCUCUUUCUUAAGCACAGGGCUUUUGAAUCUUUUUGUUUUGCAUAAUUGCAUUUUUUUAUGUUGAUUUUCCCGCUAGCUGGAUGGAUGGAGAGAGAGAUGGGUUGGAUGGAUGAGCACUCCUGCACUUUAUCCCACUAUUUAUCAUUGUUCUAUAUAUAGGCUUAUAUUUAUGCACUUCAUUUUUUUCUUUUUCUCUGGGAAACAUUUGAAUGGUGUAGUCAUAAUUUAGUUGUUUAAUUUUGGGUGUUAUUGUUUUGCAUUUUUAACAUGCUAUGCUUUCUGAAUCUCAUAAUUAUCUUCGGCUGCAGAAAGAGAAUCAUCGGUUUUAACAUAUAAUGAUGGAUAAGCUUUGUCCUGUAAUCAAAGGAUUUGUGAUUGUCACAUCUUUUGCUUUUGUGUGUGUGUGUGUGUGAAGAUGCUUUUAUAUUUUCAGGUUCAUGAGCGGAUUGUGAAAACGACUUGAUCAUUUGAACUUUAAACUGGUUAUGGUGAAAUGAGUAUUAACUAAAUUCAGUUACAUAAGCAAUAUGCUGAAAGGAAGGUGUAUUAAAUCAGCCAUUGUUUUGUACAUCCCCACAAAGAGAACUGCACUGGCUGUGAGUGUUUGAAUCAACAUGAAAAUAAACAUUUCCUUCUUUGUGGCAA